AAUACUGACGGCAGGCAGCUUUGUGCGGCCAGUCAGAAAGCAUCAGGAUUCAACAGAUAUAGACCCUCUGGAGCGAAAAGGGACUUAGAAAUGAUUAACAAGCUUACUUUUGUCGUCGUUUUAACGGUUUUGCUUUCACAUAAUGCUGGUAAGUAAUAAUUAGAUUCUGAGUUUUAUGAGUAAAAAGGUUAGUCUUAUAAAGCGUGUUAGUGUUCACUAACCUCUUGUUUUCUAAAAAACCGCGGGCAACAAGAAACAUUUGUGUGUUUGCUUUACAUAAAAUUCUGUGUAGAGUAAAUACAUGUUCAUUUCCAUAAAUAUUAAGUGAUAAAGCUACUCUGUGUACCAUAUCUCGAAAACAGAACAUUUUAAGGGUCUGAUAAUGCCCAUUUGGUCUUCUAUAACAACGUCAUGAAACACUAAAAAAGUUAACUUCCUCAGUAUUUAUUUUGCUAUAAAAGGAAUGCAUAUGUAGAGAUGUAAUUAAUGGUUCGUUUCGUGUUGAUCGAUCGCAACCCCUGCGCAAGAAAGGGUUUACUUUAACAAGUCUAAUAAUGCCUUUCCAAGAGGGUGGUUGAUGAAAUUUAACCUUGAAAGAUUGCCAAAUAUCCUAACCUUUAGGGUACGAAUAUAUUAAGAAAAUUUGUUUCAUUUCACUUGUGAAUCAAAAUGUUAUCGUAAAGGAACUACGUGCCAAACUACAGCAGACCAUAUCUUUUAAGAAACAAAUCACGGAGAUCUACUGUGAAAUUCGUCUGAGAUGCUCGUCCUUUCAGAUUUAUGUGUCCUAAACACAACUAACCGGUUACGAAACAAUCAAAAACCGAAAUGUUAGAAUUUAAGUCUGACUGGAAGAGUCCACCUGGUAGAUCCUCUUGGCGUUGCUGUUAUUUUAGAGGCCGCAUUCAAAAGCUCAAACAAGUUUGCAUGCAACCUUCAUAUAUCAACAUUUGUAUGACCAUCACUUCUGUACUGUACUACUGUAGUAGUAUGCUGUACUGUACACAGGUUCUGUUUUGUGUCAUCCUUGUGCAUCUGUUUUUUCUUUUAGCAGCUGUAAAGAGAUAAAAAAUUUAGUUUGAAAAGAAUAUGCCAGCAGGAAGUUGAAUUUUUUACUAAAGUAAUAUUUGCAUGUCCCUUUUUUUUCUAUCUCGGAAAAGUCCGUUAUUUAAGUCACCGCAUCCGUGAUCCGGUUAUCAACACAAAAACAGGAGUUUUGAGUGAAAUCCUGAUCACUGUAUAGAUUUCCUGGAUCAAGAAUUAAGACAGUCGUUUAUUUCGAACUAGGGCGCGCAGUUCUCUUCUCGAUUUUAUAAGUUGUAAUAAAUUCACAGCUAAUACGUUUAAAAAUGCUUUCGCAAAGUUAUUUAAAAUUCUUAAGAGGCCAAACCUGCCCAGUUCGUGAUGACAGUAACAAGCGAUAAGAUUUUUAAGGAUAGCUGUACUAAACAAAAUGAUAAAGGAUAACUGAUUCCAUGGGUACGCACAAACGUGCAGAGGAUGGAAUAGAAGUAUGAUAGUUUCCCACCGAAUAAUUACUCUUUGAUUUAAAGUGAGUAAAUUACUGUUUGCCCCAUUGCACUGCAUUUUCCUUCUUGGGUACCUCUGAUGUUAAAUAUUUUCCAACUUUCGGUAAGGAAAUAAAGGAACGUGAUAUAUGAUACGACAUUGUAUAUUUAUUUAUUGACUUGGCCUUUACUUUGUUUUGAAUUAGUUCUGCCAAUGAACGCAAUGAACUGCUCUUUGUAACUCCAACCGUUCGGUCUUUACAGUUUGGCAACAUAUAGUUGCUUCUUCAAGUUUUGCGAACAUUUCAGCCAAGAGGGGAGGGUAAAAAUGGAAAGGUUCGUAUAAAACACAGAUGUUUCAGAUAAAAUGUUUCGGGUUUAAAAGGCACGUUGACUCGUCCCAAUUUCGCCCCGUUCCGGUUCAAGAUAGGUCCAUGGGCAGCCCUUGUGCUCUUUCGUAACGGAGCAGAUCAGAAAAGUUGGUUCUGCAUCCGCAUUUUUUUUUUUGUUUCCUUGUCAAUGUGUCUGGACGGUUUUUAUUUCCAACUCUCUCCCUUUCUAUGCAGUCCGGUCUCUUGUUCCUCCUGCGAGAAGAAACCGUUCAGGGAGUUCCGGCUCAUUUUGAAAUAACAUUUUGUGUCUUAAAAUAACAUAAACAGGGCACCUUACUUAAACAUUCUGGGUCAGAAAUGUCUCAACAAAAUCAUUGUUGGCUUAAUCAUCUUUUUCUUUAUGGAUAAAGACGUCUAAAUAUAACCGGCAUCAUUAAACCAUCGGAAAAUACUUAGUUACGAACUUUUGUUUAGACUUAAUCUAAGUUUGUGAAACUGUCCUUCUGGAGUUUUGUGGUAACUCGCUGACUAGACCCUAGCCCUUAAGAUUCAUAGUUACAACACCAGAUUUGUAUCCGCUUAGUUUUCAUCGCUCGUCUCUUGGCCAAGGAAGGAGCUGUCAGUUUUACUUUUCUUGGAUCUAAAAUCUGAGAAACAUUCCCUCUGAAUCGAACGAAUGUAAAAUUGUAGACAUCCAAAACUGGUAGAAGGUAAUAGGAAGAUAAAUACUGUUUUGGUUGCCAAAAUUCAUCCUAGUACUUUCUAAGUGUACUUUAUCGAAAUAAAUGUCUUAAAGUAUCUACUUGUAGUGGAGAAAAAUUGGGAACCAAACUUAACGUGCUUUAUUUUAAACGUGCUUUAAUUUUUGGGCGAUUGAAUGUGGUCACAAUUCACAUUCUCGUAACCUGAGAUCAGUCGUUACUUAUUUAUUUAUUUAUUUAUUUGCUUCUUUGCUUCUUCGGCUCGAGAGGGGAAAAAAAAUAACCGAAAACAGAUUACAGAGAUAAAGGGAGAGGGCAUAAUCGCGGGCUUACAUUCUCGGCGAUCACUAGUUUUGAAAAGAUGGUUGAUUGUUAUCGAAAUCGUUACUAUGUCUAAAUUUAUGUAUUAUUUUAAGCUAACAUGCAAUCGAAAUCGUUUUGCUUAUUACAGCGGCCAACAACGCUUUUUCGACUCAUCCCACAACGAAGGAACCUUCAUCCGAGCGACCAGAAACUCAGCAACCAGUUACUACUCGAUCAAUACGGCAUGCCUCUUCAACCAAGGGAAUAACGCACAUGUCUCCUGAACGCGUGGAACUGUCAUUGUUUCGUGAUUUGUUUGACGGUUAUGAUAAACGCAUCAGACCAGUGUUAAGAAUGGAAGACAAUGUGACAGUAGAACUUGGAAUUUCCCUGUUCCAGCUUAUUGAUCUUGUAAGUAUGAGAAACGAACAAAACUAUCACAGUUUUAAACAAAACUAUGUAAGAGUAACUACAGGCUCGGUAAACGGCUGACGUCCAAACGUUUUGGCCUUUUCUUGACGUCAUCAGGGGCACCCAACGACAAUUUUCGGAAAAUUAUCUGUUCGGAAGACGAUUUGAGAUCUAGAAUUUUCUGAUCAUUUUCUGUAAAAUUUCUUGCUUCCCUGCCUCUCCUAGGAUUUUCGAACAUCAAAAAAGUGGUAUAAUUGCCCAUUUUUAACGGAUUUUUACCCUAAAAAGGUCACAUAGAAUUUUCGGGAGCCUUUUUUCCGGCUGAAAUUUUCGAAAAGGUAAAUUUUGAUCCCUAUAAUUUUCGGAUUACUAUACUUUCAGCUAGGAAAUCCGAACAGAUGAAAAAUUUUAAGGGGAUAAAAAUAAGCCUUUAUCUACCGUUUAAAUACUAAAGUACGUUCAACAAUGCUAUGUUUAUGUGGUUUUGAACUAUAUUCUCGUUUAAAUACUAAACCUCGAAAAAAUACGUUCAACAAUGCUAUGUUUAUGUGGUUUUUUUUCAACGUUAUAUUGUUAGGGAUAUAUCGCUGACCCUGGGUCAUUUAAAUAUCCGCAAUUUUGAAAAGAACCAAACGUCAAGAAAAAAUUAUAGCACGGAACGACACGUUCCCCAACCUUUACGAUGCACUAGUUUAUGAGCGAAAAUUUAAGAGUGAAUAUUUGAGAGACAAAUUUACGAGCGAUCACUUAAGAGUGAACCUUCCAUCGUGAAACUUAUCGAGAAAUUGAGUGAACCUUCCAUCGUGAAAUUUAUCGAGAAUCAAAGCGAACACUUAUCAAAAUUUGUCUUCAAAAAGAUUUCAAUGAUUGACAUACCGAAGUCUUCAAAGCUCCAUCGCUAUGUUAGUAAGGUGAGAAAACUUUAUCAUGCACGAUAUAAAUGUAAUAACAAACGCGAUCCAAAGAUAAUUAACUUAAAUAAAAUGGCUAUACCCAAGAAAGCUUAUUUGUUGUCUUUCUUUAGCAGGCAUUAUCACAGGAUAAUGAAACUAAAAUGUAAAGCACGUCGAUACUUAUCAUUGUUUUCUUGCAAUUGUGUGAGUCAUAUGACCAAUUAUGUGAAUUUCAAACUAAGUAAAGAUGUUGAGAAGAAUUCAGGACCUACUCAAUACAACACUGAUCAUCAUGAAGUAAUAAUUAGACCUUCUACGCAAAAUCACAGCUCAACAAUGCAGUUGAACUCUCCUAUUUCCUCUGAGAAUUUGAUGAAGUCUAGAUUAGGUGCACUUUGUUUACAAUCAAGAGAUGUUGGCGGUGCAGGUGAUUGUUUCUUUAGAUCUGUAUCACAUCAAUUAUAUGGCAAUAGCAACCAUCAUAUGCAUAUACGUACUGCUGCGGUUCAAUUUAUGAGAGGUAAUCCAGAGAGAUUUAUUGAGAGCAAUACCGAAAAUUCAUGGCUAAGAUAUCUGAGUAAUAUGUGUAUUCAAGGUACAUGGGCUGAUGCACCUAUCAUUCAAGCAGUUGCAGAUAUGCUACUGUUUACCCAGUUCAGGAAAGAAAUACUUCCUCUACAAUUAUUAUAGGUCAUAUUGAUGAAUGCUACUAUGUAUCAACCACUGCCUUAUAAUCAAGUGCCUCCAUUUCAAUGUGCAAUGAAUUAACAAAUGAUACUCAGUCAUCAAUAAAUAAGCAUUUUAUUAUGUCUAUAUAUAACACUGGAUGGCAUUUUUUACAGUGCAAGACAACAAUCCAUGACCACAAAGAUCUAUUUCAAAAAUGUCUUAUGUCUGUUAUCAUUUCAAAUUCACAGUGUUUUCGCAAAAAAUAGAUAAAUGUGAUUAAUAAAUCUCAAUGAUAAACCUGAUGAUAACGUACUUGAGAAAAUGUGAAAUUGUGAUAAUUCUGUAACAAACUUCUUUGCAAACUUUGUCAUUACCAUUCAACCCAAAACUGUCAGUGAUUUUUGCUUUUUCACUCAAACUUAAAAACAAAUGAAAACCUUAUACAGAUCAGACUUAUUGACAUCACAGUGUUACUAAAAACACUACUAUAACACAGACCGUUAGCUGUAAUAACACUGAACAAACUUCCAACAACAUCCUCCUUUCUCAUGCAUUUUGUUGCUUUUCUUCUGCAUGAGUAAAUUCAGACUAAGUAUUAGCCUCCACAGAGGAGGGGGGAGGGGUGCAAGAGGUAAACUAUAUCUAUGCAAUCCCGUGUCCCACUGGGCCCCGGUAAGUUCCACGUAGUGGUUCUAGUUGUUUAGCUAAAUUUCAAACUUCAACUUCAUUUACGCGUUAUAUAAUUUGUUUUCAGUAGUGUAAGGUUGCUCCUUUACUCCAAGAAUCUCAUUACUUUGCGCAGGAAUACGUAGAUGAUGUUAUAGCCUUUGUCUUUAUCUCAGUCAUGAACGAAAUGUGUUGGAUUCUCAUUAUCUCGUCUUUCUUGUACUUCUAAUACAACAGCAACAAUAGACUCACGCUGUUUCGCCUCUAGACCAUACACUAACUGGCAAUGUUCACACUACCUCGGAUAGCUUUUUUUGUGGGCAUGAAUACCAUAUCACACAUAGGAACGGUGAUUUCUGCGCGAUUGCUGUAACGGAGCGAAACUGCGCCGCGCCGAUCUCUAAAGUGGAGAGUCAUAGAGUCAUUUAUCGAAUAGGUGUUCAUACGAUAUACCGGAUGGCUUUUGUUGUGGGCACGAAAAGCCAUCUGUUAUGGUGUGAACACAGCCUUAAUCGUGAACGUUGGCUUGUAAUGAACGUUUGAUUGAACAGUGAAGAAAACACUUUUACGGAUGUAUUUGAUAUUACCAGUGACAUCGGCAACUUCAGACCGCACAUUUUCUGCCCUCAGGCGACUAAAGAACUACCCAGGAAGCAUCAUGAAGCAGGUCCGCCUAUACAACUGCCAACUGAUGCAUUAUCACAAAUAGAUUAUGGACACACUAGACACUAUGAAGAUUGCAAAGAAGUUUGCUUGUGCCAACGAACAACUUUUAAAAAGAGCAUUUUGGAAAAUCUGAGUAGGGGUAUGCGUAUGGCUGAGUGAAAGAUGAGCCCCCCAAGUCACAGGCGAGUUGGCACUUAUUCCCUAGCUGAGUCUUUUAUUUCUAAUUUAAUAGAAAUACGAAAAAGAGAAGAUAAUGAGAAUUCACAGCCUCUCUAUUUAUGAGAUAAAGACAAAAGGCUAUGACAUCAUUGACUUUAUUAUUCAUCAAAAUAUUUCCCCAAUUCUGAUUGGCUAAAAGCACACGCAUAACUCACCAUAACCAGUUACUGAUGACCAAAUCUGGAAGAAUUUUGGGGUUAACGAGGAAAUGACGUCAAAAAUGCAGCCCGCUACAGGUUAAGGCACCGUUACCGAGAAGACCUGGGGACGAGGUUGAGUUGCUUUGGUUGUGAAAAAAAAUGGCGGACAUUUCAUUCGUUUCAAGAUUAAGAACUACUGCUGGAACUAGGCGAAAUAAUAGCUAAAAACAUGGCAAAAACAGCACGAAGACAACUUGCAGGGCGACAUCUACUAUUUGGAGAAUAUCUGCACAACUGCACAAACGUAAACGUACACUAUCGAAGAUGAACUUAACAUCGUUGCGGGUAAGCAUGUUUUUGCUAUGGUUUUAAACUAGGAAUUAUUUUGAAUGAAUAAUAAAGCAAUUAAUGUAUUCCCUCCCAAGUUACUGAGAUUACUUUGCAAAAGAAAAAAUGGGUAACUGGUGCACCCUAUACUACUUUUCUCAUUGUUGCACUUGCUUCGUACUGUUCUCCUCAGCAAAUCCAUUAAAAAUCUCUUCUCUUUGGCAGGACGAAAGAAAUGAGAUGAUGAAACUAAGUAUUUGGGUGAGACAGGUGAGCACUCAGCAACAGCUGUUGGAUCUGCUUAACAGUUAUGGCUUCUGUUUAACUAAAGCUUCUUUUACUGCGUUGCCGUUUUUGUUUUUACACUUUCAUUUUCUAUCCUAUUUUAGCCUGGGAAAACAGCCGACAUUUCGCGACGCUACCAACAGUUUCCGUGCGAAAUGACGUCUGAGGAACGAGCGCAGAAAUUCCAUACUGAUGACCUGUCACUACCCUGAUCUGAUUGGUUGAAAAUUUGCUUCAACCAAUCAGAAGCACUAACCUCAUCAGGGUAGUGACAAGUCAUCAGUAUGGAAUUUCUGCGCUCGUUCCUCAGACAUUAUUUUCAGUGGUAGCGUCGCCAAGUGCCGGCUGUUUUCUCAGGUUAUCACUGCUUUAACCUGAGUUUAAUGAAAAAGAUGUAAACUUCUUCGCUCUAGAUGGCCCCUGGCAAUCCAAAUAAACUGAAUUUGCUGAAAAAGAAGCAGUUAUGUACUAGCGAAAGGUUAAGUCCCAGUACCAAAAGGAGCCCUAGUUUAGAAGACAAAAUUGUGAACGGUUCUUAAAUUACAGAAAGAAAUGAAAAGCGGAGAUAACUGUGCACUACUACGUGCUGUCAAGAAGCAAAAAUUCGUUUCGUUUCUUAAUUCCUCCCUAAUUACCGCGAAGACUUGGUUGAAAUCAGUUAGUAAAAUACAGUCAGUCGGUCUAAUGCCUUAGCAGAAUUAAACAACCUUAUUUAAACUACCUUUACCGCUUUUUGCUCUACUUCAGAAAUGGAAGAACCCGUUUCUUCGCUGGAAUGCCACACAUUAUGGAGGGAUAUCAGAGAUCAAUGUUAACCCCGGAAAUGUAUGGAAACCAGAUUUGGCUCUUUACAACAAGUAAGUUGACAUUUUGGACAAACAAAAGUCCACCAGGGAAAUAAUACUGAAUUGACGCUCUGUCGCUUUAAAAUUUGGAGAACUAUGGACUGAGAAGGUAUCUGAGAUGACCAAUUUGAGCUAAAAUCAUUAUGGAGCCGCUUUCGUAAAUGGCCUAACAAAAUUGCUUUUUUGCAAUUGCAUGAGUAUUCCUUUUUCAAGAAUUCACAGAUGAAUCUGUGCACCAUGUCCUUGUCCGUAGGAUGAUUAAUAACCUACCGAGGACAAUUCUUUGAAUUUCCAGUUUGCACAAAAAUUUCAAUUCCCAUGGUAUAUUCCCUUGACGUUUCCGUUUGACUUGCUUUACAGUGCAGAUGCUGGCUCCGAUGGGUCCUUGGAGAGGUUCAAUCAGCAGAUAAAAGUUAAUAGUGAUGGUCAAAAUCUAUGGCUUGCUCCGAUUAUUCUUUUGAGCUCCUGCAAAAUUCACGUCAAAUAUUUCCCCUUUGAUGAGCAGCAUUGUGAGCUGAAGUUUGGAUCUUGGACAUUCGACGGAUUUCAUUUGGAUUUGUUAGCAGAGGCACCUAAGGCUGAUAUUGGGAAAUUUGCACUAAAUGGCGAAUGGGAACUUAUUGAAGUUCUCUGUAAAAGAAACGUUAUAAAAUACGUCUGUUGCGAUGCACCAUAUCCUGACAUAACUUACACAGUGAGGAUCCGCAGAAGGACUCUUUUCUUUUUCUUUAACAUGGUCAUUCCAUGUCUCGUCAUUGUAGGUAAGAUAUACUCCAGAACGGGUGGCUUUAGGUGUGAGAAAAGUAUGGAAAAUUAAAAAAUAAAAUACUCAAAAUUCAGUGUGAAAACUCAUCGCAAAAGCUUGACAAAAGGCAUAUUUUGUAAAAGGUUUCAACCCAGGAGUCACUUUAUAAGUAGUUUGAGCAUAAUCGUCCGGUUGAACGUAGUCCUGAAUACUGACUGUUGUUGAGAGUGCCGACUCCCUUUUCGACAACCAGUGCCCAAGUCAUCUUCGGAGUCAUAGUGAGUUGAUCGAAAUACUGUUGAUGUAAACUGUGUAAAGUUCCUCUUUCCACGUCUUUACUCAACUGUUAUAUCAUUUAUCUUUUAAGGUACAACUUCUGUGGUUUCUCCUCACAUGUUAUUAAUUGCUCCUAUUAACCUUCUUGUUCAAUGCUCUGGGGAUAAGACGCCUUCGUCCAAGCUUGAAACCGUAAGGUCGCGGGGGGGGGGCGGUGAGGAGGUAGUGGAUGAAAAGAGACUUUUCAUUUUAUAAUCACCACUUCCUCUCAGCCCCAGAUUCCGAUAUGUACUCCUUUCUGAGCGCUUGCCUGUAUAUAAAUUGUCUUUGCUUUUUAACAAAAUAAGUUCUAGUAAAAGUAAUUUUCUUCAAAUUAAUCAAAUUAAAUUAAACUGUUUUUGUUUUCAGGUCUUACUAUCCUGUCAUUCUACCUACCGCCAGACUCCGGUGAACGUCUGUCAUUAGUUAUUACCAAUCUGCUCGCCAUGACUGUCUUUAUGCUUUUGGUAGCUGAAAUCAUUCCACCCACAUCUGAUGCAGUGUCAAUCAUAUCUACCUUCUAUUCCUGCUGUAUAUUUGAGGUGCGUUAUCAUCAGCAAGGACACUAGUGGGGUAUAUUGAUGAAACAAGAAGAUACCUUGUGCUUGUCCUUUACUGGAAUAUAUAUAAAAAAUAUUUUCAUGAAAAUGUUUUUGGCUGUAUUAGAGUUUUAGUCACCCUGGCAGGGAGUGACCCACUUCGCGGCUCCAAAAUCAGACUGACGCUCAAUAUGUAACAUUGGACCUUUCACUUGUUUGGUUCAGACUCUCUCCUCAUGUGAUCAGCUAGGUUAAAUCAAUGUUGUUACUGGGUCGUUACUAUCACCCGAUGCUACAAUAUGCUUGUACUGUGCGCAUGGAAUCGAGAGUUUUGAAACAUCGUUGUUACACGGUAGUUAGUAUGCUAAUGCUUCUUUACAAACCUUAUUUUCACAGGUUGGAUUAGCUCUUAUAGGCACGUGUGUAGUUCUCAAGUACCAUUUCAAUAACCCUUCAAUUCAUAAGAUGCCAGACUGGCUACGUUUUAUCGUUCUCCAAUGUUUGGGAAAGAUCUUCCACAAGAAGCUUCGCAAUGAUGACAAUCUGUUGGAAAACAAAAAUCCUUUUGAAAAGAGAAGACGUUUGAGGAGUGAAAAUGGAUAUUUCGAGUCCUUUAUUCCCAUGGAAAGGCAAAAUCCUAAGUGGCCUCUUGAAAACAGAUCUCGAGGUGCUUCAAUGGAUAAGGAGCACCUGGGGGCAUUUAAUGGUAAUGAAACAUCUCAGGAGUUUGAUGAUAAGUCGAGUCAAAUAACAAAAGCAAUUACCCACAAACAAGAAACCAUCGCUAACGCCCUGGAAAAACUAGCGGAAGCAAAGGAAGCUGAAGAUGAGGAAGGGAAACAAAGAGAAGAGUGGAUGAUGGCUGCAUCUAUUAUGGACUCACUUUUCAUGUGGAUUUUUUUUCUCACCUUGGUUGGUUCUCUGGCUGCCCUGUUUUUUCAGCUUCCAAAGUACGAUUAGCGUGCGCAUUGAUUAAGGAAUAUUGAGCUUAAUUGAGUUCGGCUCUGCUAAGUAGGUACAAAAUGGCUUCGGAACCUUAAAGCUCAAAAGUUGAUUCAGUUUUAGUAGAAUCAGACAACCUGAAGUGCUAGUGAUUACCUGAAAAGGAAAUAAAAUAAGAAAUCAGGGCAGUGUUAAGUUCAACGUUAAUUUUCCAGCUGUAGUAUUCUCAGGUUUUCUAGGAUAAAGAUGUGUCAAAGUUUCCAAUAUUACUGGGUUCCAAAUACAACUUUUUCAUACACUGUAUCACCAAACUUUGGCAUAAACUAUGUUUAAACACAACAUGUACAGUUAAAAAUGUUGCGUUCACGCCAGUCGACUAUCUCAGUUAUUGGCGUUAUUAGUUCUUCUAGAGAAUCAACCUCAUUCCCUGGAUUCUCUCCUACCCGUCCUUACGUCGCUCCGUAGGCGGAGAAUUGGCUCUUUGCAUGACUGUGAUCACGUGAUCAACUUUCGGUAAACACUAAAACAGUUCACUUUUGAAAACUUUUGUUAGCAUAACCUGAACGAGCAUAUUAAAAUUAUGUAACCUGAGAUUUUUCAGCGAUUGUAACGGCCGUUGAAAGUUAGGGCCUGUUUACAUGGAGGAGGGGGACCCCCGGCCGUCGUAGGUGAGGUAACCCGCUUAGCUGGGGCAACCUGCAUUUGCAUAUAAUCUCUCAUUUAAUUUGGUCACGUUUACGUGAUGGGUGGGAUGACCCGCCACAUACUACCUUACCUACCUAGGGUCCCCCACCUCCAUGUAAACAGGUCCUCUAAGAUUUUUAAACUGUCGUUAAAUCUUUCCCUUCCGCGUUUAAGGGCUCAAAUUUCAUGUUAUAAAUUAAAAGGAGAUGUGAGCCCUGUAAUGCUUAAGGAAAUAUUUCAUGACAGUUUUGAAAGUUUCGAAAUUACAAGGAUUUGUAUGGAAAACCAUGCAAGCGUGACUGGAUGGCAAACACUUCCAGCUUUCGGCGGCCGUUGCAAUCGCUACUUUUGAGAUACACGACAGAAAAUUCUCAGGUAACCUAAUUUUAAUACGCUCUUUCAGCUUGUACUAACAAAAUUGAACUGUUUUCGUGUUUACCAAAAGUUGAUCACGUGAUCUGAUCAAGUCAUGCAAAAAGCCUAUUGAAUCUGUAAAUAAAAGACGUCCCCACUCACUAGGGUUAAUCAGGUUAGCUUUGUAGUCUAUAUUAACGUGUCCUUUUGUUCUAUGAGGAUAAGAUUAAACAGAGACAGCUUUGUGAUGUGUUGAAUAUGAUGAUUAGAAAAAAAACGUAAUUCAGAUGAUUCUAUCUUCUUCAAUGGUCUUUUAUAGAUUAGUUUCAGGCAAGACGUAAUGGUGCACAUGAUAAAAAUUGAGAUGUGAGCAACUUCUAACACCAAAAGGUCUUUGAUUCAGACUUUGCAAGUAGAAUCGAUGAACUUAAGUUAAACAUCUUUUUAAAUUUUUGUGCUUUUUAAGACAUAGUAAGCCUUCAUUGACAACCCCAUUUGCUCGGAUUUUUGUCACUCCAAGAGGAAUUUUCGUCACCACUUAUUCACAUCCGGGCAUUCACAACGGUGAUGUAAAUGACAGGCAGAAGGUCACAGUUUUUUUUUAUUUUAGAGGCUUACUAUUCCAGUGAUAAAUGAAGGCCUUAAUUAAAGCCUAGAAAAAAUUGCAUACGUUCCUUAAAGUUGUUUUUGUGCAUGGUCGUGGAAUACUUGAAACGACUCUUCGGUCGAUACUGAAUCACAUCACGUUUCAAGUGAUGUGACAAACUUGAAGACCGACGUCUCCCAGUCGGACUGACAGAUAUGGUUUCUGAUCUUUCCGAGGUUUUUCAAAACAAUAAAGGGUGGAUUUUAUAUCUCACCAACAGCGGUGUUAAAUAAGAGCGACUGAGUGUCGUCGGAGUGUCUCAAAUUUUGCAAGUUGUUUUAGUAGUACAGUGAUCUUUUCUUAUUUUAUGAUUGAACUUCAAAACGGCUGAAACUAAACUGAGUUGUAAAAGGAAACGAAAACAAAUAAAGAUUAAACAAAAUCUCGCUACGCUGUUUCUCAUCGAGUCUUUCACUUAGCGUUUAGCCUUAAAUAAUAGACUCAGUCCCCCGCACUUUUUCCAGUUUUUUUUUUAAAUUGGAAAUUGUCCCGCUAUCAAGAAGGUCUUUGAAAUCUAAUCGAAUCCAAUAAUUGGAUCAUGAAGUAACUUAAACACCUGCUAAUAUAUAGAUUUAGCCAGGGCUAAAAGCGAAGCUCUCGUUAAUGUAUAUAGUUUACUGAAACAAAAUAUAAUAUCGUGUAACGCUAACCAAGCUGGCGACCCACCUCGUCCCCAGGGCUUUUCCCUUAAACAAUGGGUGGUGACGGCAACGAAAACAGCCAAAAAAAAAAAAAAAAAAAAAAAAAAAACAAUAGGUUUAAGGAGCAAAAAAAAAACAACAACAACAACAACUUUGCAUGUGUAGCACACUUUUUUUGUGUAUUUCUUUGCCGUUGUUUUGUACGACGACAACGUGAAACUUCCAGAAACUUCCUAGUUACACUUUCUCUGUUAUCCACGCCAAUGUAGACUUUAAAAUUAAGUCGAAAGAAAGAAUCGGCUUCGUUGUUGUUGUUUUUUAUCUCUAAAAGUCCAGGUGACUAUGCUAUUUACUGUCGAAACGCGAGGGUACUUGAAAUGCAAAAUUUCACCCCGGCUUACAUGAAGGGGUGGACGUACGUACGGACGAUUUUCUCAGAACCAAAAUUUCUUGGAUGCAUAGAUUACCAAAUUUUCUUACCCAUGUGGUACUCCGCUGCGAGCGCUUCGGGCGCGAGAGCUCCGCUAUAAAAAACGAUUUUCUCUUCUACCGGUAUGGGCGGUUACUAAACAUUAAUCGAACAUUACCAUAUGGUUCGCUUAUUUUGUUUAACUGUUUUUUAAAAAAAUUAUUUUCGUUUAUAAAUGAAAUUAGGCUGUUUAGAAUUACGUUUUUAGUAUUAUUAAAGAAGUUUUGUUUUGAAUGUUCUCGGAUGGCUACCAGGCUCCUGCACCACAUGCAGCUUUUCUAUGCAUGGCGGCAAGGUUAAAGGUUUAUUACGAACAAGAUUCAUUGCAGAUUACGAACAGAAGAAAAUAUCUUGACACAAACCCAAUACAGUAAAUUCUAAUAAAUAUUAAACGCUCAAAUUGAAAACGUUGCAGCCAAGAAGAUUUUGCAGGGACUGAUCAAACAACGUGAAAUAGAGUUAAGUUGCGAUAUUUCGCCUGGCCAAAACCAGUCUUCAUCAGGUUUAUUUAGAUAUCACGAAUUUACCGAAAUAUAUAUGAAGUAAAAUAAUGACCGUGGUAUGGUGUGGCUACUUAAAAAGACAAGAUAACAAAAAAAUAAAAGAUAUACUAUAUAUAGUUACAGUUCAUCACGUUUAUUGAUGCCCAGAGGUUCAGUUGUCUUAGCUUUAUGGAUAAGGUGGGCUUCACGUGCUUUCCUGAAAGAAUCACGCCCAUUAAGUUUUUCAAUACGAAUCAAAAACGUAUGAUUGUCGGAAUGAUUAACCUAUGGCGUAACGGUUCUAAUUCGAAGCGUAUAUGGUUGCGAGUCUUGCGAAGGAAGAGUUAUGUCAAGCAGGAGAAGGGCUAUUUAAUCCUAUAUCCAGGCAUAGACAAGUUUAGAUUGACUUCCAGGUAUUCAAAUAUUGCAUUUGCGCUCCAUAUCGAUUCUUUGGCAGUUUCAUUGGAGAGUUGAAGUACGGCAAAAGGCAAGCGAGAUUAGCGACCCGUUCGACUGAAGAGCCCAGAUGGCCCCAGGUCAUAUCUCAGAUGGAGGCUACUUUUCAUGCGAUUAUUAGAAGAUUUUCAGAUUUAAUAUCGUGGUUCUAUUUUUUUUUAAGUUUGGACUCAGUUCUAGUGUGUUUUUGAAGCGUUUUUCUCCCAGAUUGGUAUGGUUUAGUAUCCCGAUCAACAUUUGUUGCAAGAUAAGCCUUGUACAGCUUUAUGUCCUAGCUCUGGGAAUAGCUAAAGAUUGAUCGCUAAACUGAUUAGUUUAAUUAGAACGCAUGAAUGGUUAUCAAUUACUGCCACUCACAGAAUUUUCAUCCAGCUUUGACUGCGUGCCACGUUGAACUAAUUUUGCAAUCAAUCAGUUAUUAAUUUUUUAUCAUUUCGCCCACGUCGUGGGCAUACUUUGCGCACGCAAUUAAAAGUACAGCUCCAGAAAACAAAAAAAGUUAACAACAAAAUCAUGUGAAUUCUGACCAGAAUUUACAUCUAGUCAUCAUCACUACUUUUUUACUGCAAAUUACACAUCACGAAAACAAAUGAACCAACUCAGAUAAGCUUGAAAAUCUAAUAAAGAUCACUUACAAGCUUCAGGAAUUAAGUAUAAGCCCCUUAAAUACUCGCGGAAAAAGCAAAACCAUUAACAUCUUUUUAGCUUUCAAAAAGAAUGAUCAAAACACGGAAGUUUCGAGAAGUAGCUUUUCGUUUGUCAAAAUCCAGACAAAACAUCAACACAAUUUAGUUAAACCACUUCUUGAUACUAGGGCUUCCACUAGGAGCAAGGGUAGUGCGCGGCCUUUGGUGCGCGAGGUUCCUAGUUCGAUGUUCGGUGACACGAUAUCCUUUUUGGAACUUCUCUCCUUUCUGUGUAGCUUUGACGAGCUUUAAAUACCCUUAAAUGGAGCAUUGAUGGAGAAAGAGAGAGAGCGAGGAGUGAGAGGUGGGGGGGCUGAGGAGGGUGGUUAAAAUGAGCGCACCGUCGACCUCAAGGUUAUCUGCUAUUACUGUCACGAGUUAUCGAGGUGAAAUAUGGUUGCUUUACCGUCUAGUUUACCUUUUACUUGUCUUCUGGCAUCAAAAAAUAAACAACUGUUCAUCUUAAUACAAGCACAGACACAUAAUUCCACCCCAGAGCACGAUUUCUCACGCUUCGUCUUUUCAUUCUAUAUUAGAAAUUUUUAAAAAAUCCAGAAGAAGGAACAUAUAUUUUUCAUUUAAGUCUCGCGUAUCUGUUUGCUUUCGAAAUGACCUCACUUAAUGCUUCGUUAACGGAAUUUAGAGUAAAUCCACCACCUUUAACCUCCACGCUUGAGAAUCAUCAUCAAAACGUCUUGAAUUUGGUUCAAUUUCAAGUUAUGAUGAAAUGCUGUAAGCUUAAGUAAACGUCAAUAGUUAGAACGUGAUUUGAUAGGAUUACAGUCAGUGAACAACGCUAUAAGCGCUUUUGGGCACAAAGGGCCAACGUAAAAGACGAAGACAACCAACCAGCGUGACCUUAAAAUUGUGUUGAUAAGGUACGUCCUCUUUUCCUUUGCUAUGACAACACCACUUGCCACGAUUUGUAUUUCACGGAGUUUAUUUUGAAUUUCUAAAAGCCUGAUCGUAGGUUGUCGUUAUACUAGCUUUUUUUGUGCUCAUGUUCAAUAAGUCGUAGCGUUUCAAAGAUAAAACAGAAAGAUUUCUGUUUCCUUAUGACUAAAAUGCAUCGCACCUCAUUGCUAACUUUGUCACUGACUGAGCACAGUUAACUGAGCUGGGAGGUUCUCCUUCAUUUCAAAACAGCUCCCUAGGUAUCUAUCAGACGAAACUGAGCUGCUAAUUCUUGUUGCCGAACGUCGGAUACCUGUAAUCGAAAUUUCGUGAAUAUUCGAGUCAUAUCUGGGUCUUGGCCAAAAAACUUGCAGUGGAACGUUUACGGCAGAACUUAGAUCAACGCUUGCGAGAUCAUCGUGUUUUACGGGAAGAAACCGGAAUAAUUUCGCCUAGUAUUAUUUACAAGUUCAUAAUAGGCGCUUGCUGUGGAGUACAAAUUUACUCUUGAUUUUUGUACGAGGAAAGAAAAAUAAAGGAAAUGCUAGAAAUAUUUCAGGAAUCCCUGAGGAAUCUUUUGUGAAAAAGUCACUGCGUAUUCAGAGAAAAAUGUCUGUAUCUUGAGAAGCUAAGUUUUCAGCUGAAGACUCGUAUACUUAUCUCAGUAAAUAUAUUUCACAAGUAUCAAAGACGCUUAACAGCUUAAACUAGUCAGUCUUCGCGGUUCUUAAGGAAUUAAUUCCUCGUGGCAUAUCGGAAAUAACAUCUAAGUCAGUGUGAUAAACACGAGAUCAGGAAUGAAGUUCCUUUUAAAACGAAAACGUAACAAAAUUAGGCACAUGUGGCAUGCAAUUCAUUGCCGGGUAAAGUGCUACUUUUCUUUACGAAAUAACGCCGAUGCUAACCUUGCAAUUCAUUCCAGCCGCGCUCAGCAACCUCAAUACUAUACCCCAAAAGCUUAAUUACUAAUCAUUCCUAGCUUUUUUGUUAAAUGUAUAUUAGUUUUAUCUUUUUUGAUCUCUAAUAUUAAGCCGUGCUUUAACAGACGCCAUGCGUAAGUGGAAUAUAAAGAAGAAGGAUAAAAUAUCUUCAGUUAAAAGACCUUUGUUAAUGAUUGAUAAUCUUAUGCUUAUUUUUUCUCUCUUUAUUCAUUGCCAGUUGGGGUUUUUCAUUCAGUCAUGAGCCUCUGCAUGUGUAUUUCCGAUGACAUCGAAGUCGCGGCUAUCGCUAUUGAUGCAGCGACGAUCUUAGAGAUUAAAGGAAAGCGAUGAUCGCAUUGCCAUUCCAAUCAAGUUUACAAUGUUAAGCCUGGUUCGGCAUAUGCCGCCGAUGUAUCUGCAACGUAGCCGUCGGUACCGUCUGGCCUACUGUUCCCGGACGAAUGAGAACACGCGCCGCCGGCAACUAGAGCCAUCGCAGAGCUCUACGGCCGGCAUCCCUGCGACAACUUCGCAGGCAUGCCAACGAUAAAGACUGGGAUGACCAACGUUGCCGGCCACUUAUGUUCUUAUUUCGGAACAGUAUCCCAGGCAUUACCGGCGGCUAUGUCGCAGGUGCAUCGGCGGCAUAGGAGAACCAGGCUUUAGUCGAGUAAUGAAAGCAAAGAAAUCUGCCCAAAAAAGGGCGCAAAAACACAGGGGAAGCCGGAUAGGGGCCUGAUUCGGGCGCGUGAGCUCUUGCGUGCAAUUCACCAUUUUUACAUAGACCAUAAUGCACCUCGUUUAUUCCCCAAAAUUUCGCAUAACCAUUGUAAUGGAUUUUUUGGGGACGACUGUAAUAAUACCUUAGAGAAAUAGGAAACAAUGGUUACGCAAAAUUCUAGGGGUAAACAAGGUGCAUUAUGGUCUAUGUGAAAGUAGUGAAUGGAGGUAAAGCAUGGAAGCAAUAAGUAAACAGUAAGCCCGGGAAAAAUACAACACUCGAUGUUUUCCUUUUGCAAUUUAAAACUUCCUGUGUGUGUUACAGUCAGCAAAGCUUUUUUUUCUCGCAGAAACCCGCUGUAAGCAACUUCAAGUGUGACAUCAAACUUUGAUAUAUGUGGCUCCUUUUGUUAUUCCUGGCAGUCGGUUGCUAUGCGACGCCAGAUAUCGGGGAAAACGUUAAAGGUGAGCUAUUGAAACUUUCACCUUGUUAACCUUUUGGUAUGAUUUGUUGUGGCAACUUUUUCAGUAAAUUAUAUUGUAAAGAUAGCAUGCAGUUAACAGUUAAUGACCAAAAUCAAAAAACUGUAAGUCCCCAAGGUUUUUCCCGUCACCAAUAUCAUUUAAGACGGGAAAAUAAAUGCUAACUUCACGAAAGGGGGCUUCCUGGCGGUGAUACAACUCAGUAACCAACCGAAUGAAACUCAGCAAAGGUCUUAUAUUUUUAUAUAUUUUAAUCUUUGAGCGUUUGUAUCCAGUUUCAACUUGACGUUUGGACUUCCACUGGACGUUUUCACCUACUUAAUCCAACGCAUUACAUCUCACGAGUGUUCUUCAGGAAAGUACUAUGAAUAAUUAUGAUCUCUUGAUAAAAUUAAUUCAUGAACCUUUAUGCUAGACAAUGAUGGCGUUUACGAAAAAAUGCUAACAAGCUUCCUAUCAAGACACAGUAAAUAUCACCGGCCUGUACUAAGGAUUACAGACAAUGUUACAGUCACCUUCGGAGUAACAUUAAAUCAAAUAGUAGAUGUGGUAUGUACAGAUAGUCCUUUUUACAUAAUUUUGUUAAGUUAUCAGCCGUAGCAUGUUAAAAAAUUAGUUGGCCUGUCUUCAUAACUAAGGAUGUUUGAUGGAUUUUCUGUGCAUGAUCUCCGAAAGAGUUUACCUUUUCGUUGGCUUGCGAAAGGCAGGACAGGAUGGAUAGUUUCUGUUGACUCAAAGAGACCAAGGGUCAUCAUCUUAUUCUUGCUUAUUUGUCUAAAACCGUUUAUCAACAACUAGAAUAUACCUAUAUCUCUAAUAUGUACCCCUAUAAAGGACGACCAGAAAAAAAAAUCAGCCCAUAUAAAAGAAUUAUCAAAAUUGCUAUAGAUGUUAUGUAAGGUUCCCUUUACGCUUCAGGUCGAGAGAGAACAGAUAUUAAAACUGAGUCUUUGGAUUAGACAGGUUAGUUUAAGUUUGUUUUAUAUCGUGACUACAACUGUAGUGACUGCCGCGGCGUUCAUUGGUAGUUUUGUUUCAAUCUGCGGCAUUUAAUCGCGUAAAUGGCGCAUUCCAGCUUAGGGGCCGGAAGUUUGUAGGUAAAUUUAAUUAAUCAUGCACCACGACUUGAGAAAGAGCAGAAAUUAUAAGGGCUUCGGGGUAACUCCAGUCGGAAUUAAAAACUCUCUCAGAUAUAAAACAUUGCCCAAGGCUUUUCAGCAUCUUCUUAGUUUGCCCUUGUACAUGUACGAGGUAUUUUCCAUCCGUAAUUACCGCAUUAUGGACUUGUCUUAUCACAGACAUUAUCAUUAUUUUGGUUAAUAAUGCUGUAUUUUUCAUUAUCUCUAGAAAUGGGUCAAUUCGUUAUUACGCUGGAACGUGAGUGAUUUUGGCGGGAUUACAGAAAUAAACAUUGAUCCAGGAAAACUUUGGUUACCUGAUAUCUACCUCUAUAACAAGUAAGCCCACGGUAUUAUUGUUUUUUUUUUUGGCAUUGUACAAGUUUACAAGUUUUACGGAAGAAUGUUAUUAACAACAUAUAUACCUAUGCCUUGACUAACAAAAAUCUUCCACCCAAUCAAGCAUUUUUCUCGCCGUGUUGAUUAUUUUAAUAGCUAACUUUAUGGCUUGCCAGCCUAUCAACAACAACACCAAAUGCUUUAUUUGCAUGACCAUAAAAUUACAGUACUGCAAAAGCUAUUAGUCUAAAUUUAAGUACUAAUUCAACUAAUUAGUACGUGCAAAACAUUACAAAACGUUACAGUUCUCAUUCAUUCAUUCAUUCAUUCAUUGAUAUUUAAUAAUUUGGUUCUUAAUUCAAAGCAUUGUGAGAUAAAUGAAACUAAUUGACAGUUCACUAAAUAAUCAGAAGAAUUCAUAAGAAGAGAUAUUUAAGUAUCGUGUGUAAGUGAUUUUAAGUCAGGUAUUUCAGUUUCUAGUUUGGAGAAAAAUAUGUCUCUGAUCUGAGAAUAAGCCUUACAGUCUAGUAAGAAAUGAUUUUCAUCUUCAAUUUUGUUACUGCCGAAAAAAGGAACAUACCCUUUCAUUACGAGGGAUUUUUUCGUAUCUAGCUGUUUCAAUUCUAAGUUGAUGACUACUUAUUCUAAAUUUAACUAAUGCUUUUCUCGAAGGGGUUUUUCUUGUUAAAACCUAGGUACUGCAUAGUCAUCUUUGAUUGUACAAUAAAAACUGAUGCAAUAUUCUGGAGCUAGAUUAAUUUUAUGGAAAGCUAAGCGUGUCAUAUAACUCCUUUGUUGUACAGCCUUCACUUCACCGUAAUCACGAUGAUGCAUGUUCAUCAUUUCAGUAAUUAUUAUAAAAUCACGUAGAACCACAAGGAACCCAGAAAAAAAUUCUGAGUUUCAGGUGAAAUUCGAGCCCACGGUCUGCCACAUCCUGCACCUAAAGCACACUCGGGCUCGAAAAUCUGCUGCGUCUGUCGUUAGAAGAAAGAAGAAGUCAUUCAUAAUGAAAAACUCAUUAAUAAUGCAUAAAGAAAAAAAAACAAAAGAAAUUAAUGUCUAUUGAGUGUCGUUACAUCUGAUAAAGACACAGCUAAACUUAACGUCCAUUUUUUAGACUAAAAUACGUAACCCCAAAUCUAAAUCUACCAGGAUUUUUUAAAACCGGGUUAACAAACAUUUUGUAAUUUCUCUCAAAUUCCCCUGCCUUAGCUUGUUUACUGCGUUGUUUGCUUAUGUCUCAUAUUUGUCUUGGUUAUUUCGUGGUGAGGCAUUUGUGUAGAAGUGGCUGUAGACAGAAUUUCGCGACUCCUCCCCCCCCCCUGUCUUUGGUCUUUUUCACGGUCCCUACUCACAAUUCCCUCAGUCUGUAACACAGGUGACAGUUAUUUGAAAUCAGGGCGCACCUAAAGCUAGUUUCGGAGCCGUUGAUAUUUCGUUAUAUUUCUUUCAGUGCCGAUGAAGACCACGAUGGUUCCUUGGAUAAAAUGAAAACAAAAGUCAAAGUAGAUCAUAAUGGAACCAAUCAAUGGCUGGCGCCAUUGAUGCUUAAAAGUUCCUGUAAGAUUAAUGUUCGCUACUUCCCGUUUGACGAGCAGGUAAGCUUACAACUGUCAAAGGUGUCAAUUUGGCCCAUCGACAUAAAGAACACAGUAGAAGUAGUAGUACUAUUUAAUCUUUCCACCUCUUGAAAAGGAUUGUUUUCAGUUUCAUAUUUUUAACCCCAAAAAAUAUUUCUAACUGUACCAACAACACAGUUCUAAUUUGUGUUGACUCAAAUAUCAUGUUCGUUUCAGGAUAAUAGUUUGUUCUUUGGCAGGCCUGUAAUCUGAAGUUCGGAUCGUGGACGUACGACGCAUGGCGCGUAGAUAUCAAAGCUGAGAGUUCAAGUGCAGAUCUUAAGACAACACAAGUGAACGGCGAGUGGGAAUUACUUGGAUUUCCCUGUAAACGCAAUACAAAGGUUUAUGAGUGCUGUCCACAGCCUUACUCUGAUGUUACUUGUACCCUGAAAAUACGACGAAGGACAACAUACUUUUUCGUCAACUUGAUUGUUCCUUGUUUUCUCAUAACGCGUAAGUACGAGGAGCACUUUUUAAAAAACUGGAACGCUCUAAAUAACUUGCGCGUUAGACACCCCUGAAGGUGUCCGGUAACCUUAACUAACGCUUUCCCCAUAUUUACUUACAUCUUAAAAAUUUCGGUUCACCUUGCAAGACAAGCAAAAGCUAAAAGUUGAUUUUGUUCAAUAUUUUACACUUGGGAAUCCAAAAUAGAGUGAGAAGUUGAUAUCAUAUUUUCAUUUAUUCUCUAGUCUUGUCUCUACUUUCGUUUUUCCUUCCAUCUGAAGCUGGAGAGAGAAUCACCUUGGUGAUAACUAACAUGUUGGCCCUUACAGUGUUCAUGCUGAUUGUAGCAGACAUUUUACCCGCGACAUCAGAAGUAGUACCACUUAUCAGUGUAUAUUUCACCAGUAUAUUGACAGAGGUAGGUAUUGCUAACUGUCCAGCAACUUUUUUUCUUUUAACAAAUUUUUUAGAAAGCAAAGCGCAAAGUUAGAGGUACAUCUCACUUUUUAAGUUGAGAAAAAGUCUUUUAAGAGUGUUUGCCUCAUAAGUUUGAUCAUGGAAAAUUGUAAGCUUCGGGAGUUUGGGGUUUUGCAGAUUUAAGGGUCUUUGGCCGCUCGUCUCUUCUAGCUGGAGCCUUCUUACGUUCUCUUUAAGACUUGUAAUACGGAGUCUCCGAGUUCAUGUCCUACCCUGACCGAUAGCUAGAUUUGUUUCUCGGUUUUUCUGAGUUGAAAUCCAUGGCCUCGAUUGUAAAAGAGUAAGCUGUUUCGCCUCCUGCCAGUUGGGAUUCUUAACCAUGUCAUGUUAUUUGUUUCAUUAUCCCUGAAAAGCCCCAUAAGGGAAGAGGAUAUGUAUUAAAUUUAAAUUCCAACUAAGGCUACCGUAAGUAUCUCGCGAUACCGGGACGUUCUAAAACUUGUAGAAUUAGUUUAGAUUCUUAUUAAGAAAGGAAAGUAGUCUUUAUUUUCUUCUGAACCACCUGCCUUGUAGCCUCCACCACGAGGAGUAGCUUAGAGCAUGAAAAUGCUCACAACCUCAGUACUGGUUUUGGCAGUCGCUUGAGCGACUGAGGGAUAUCCAAAUUACGACCUUAUCCGCUGGAUUAAUUUCACUAACUUUUUAUAUAUAUUCGUUCUAUUCUUUGGCUAGCAUAACCGGUUUGAAACGAUUUUAGUUAUUUUGGGCCAUGAUCAUGUCUUUGAAAAUAUUUUUACCACUUAAACGUCUAUUUCUCUCAAUAGGUUGGCUUGUCAUUAAUAGCUACUUGUAUCGUACUUAAGUGUUACUUCACAAACCCAGCCUUCUCAGAAGUUCCUUUCUGGAUCCGCCAGUUAGUUAUUCAAGGACUAGGUCAGCUGUUAAAGAUUGAAGCAAAGAGAGAACGCAAAAAAUCACAGAAAAAAGGAAAACCUGUUGAGGAAGGUAGAAGGUCCAGACGCAAGUCCAUGGCAGACGCGUUGGAUCCAAAUUUCGACAAUUAUAGUCAAAUCUUGUCAGGCCAAAGAAAUAGCCUGCCAAACGCUAAACCAAAACGCCCUGUUUCGUUGGCGGAGCAGACGGGUCCAAAUUUCAGCUCUCAGAAUCAAAACUAUCUGGGCCAAAAAAAAGGCGAGUCAAACAACAAACCUAAGCGACCCGUUUCCAUGGCUGAGUCGCUGGAUCCGAAUCUUAACUUGUACCAUCACAGUCAUUCAAGGCGCAGAAACACGGCAGGGAACAUUAACUUGCUUGAGCCCAACGUACCUCCGUGCGGGGCGUGUCAUGAACUGACUGUGGAUAUGCUUCACUUGGGACCUGGGCUGCCUGUCAAGAAUCUAUGCCGCUUCCCAUCUCGUCAGUCGCUAAGGAGAGAGUCCUGGUGCGAGAAUCCUUUAAGUGAAAAGGCCGAAGUGAACACCAACGUUCAGUCCCAAACCUCCUUGAUAGGCGCGCUUCUGCAUCGGCAGGAUCAUCUGGUGGACUAUGUUAAGACAUUGGUCGAAGCUGUUGAAGAACAGGACGAGCAUGAUUCAAAACGGGAGGAAUGGGUCCUGGUGGCGGAAAUAUUGGACACUUUUUUUCUGUAUGUGUUCGUAGUUGUAAUGAUUGGUUCAACUCUUCUGAUAUUUACUGCAGGAACGUCAUGGUGA